UCACUCCUUCAUGAGCACCGGAUGCCCCAGCUUCUUCGACACCUAACACACACACAGAUACACACACAGUGCAGGAGACAGAGUGACACCCACACACACAGAGGCAAUCGUGCAGCAAGACUCUGUCCUCACCUGUCGUGUCUUGUUGUGGGGGAUAGGCAGACCGAUAUCAGCGCAAUUGACGUAGCUGAAGUGUGGUUGCCGGACAUACAAUGCGGCGACGUGUGUGUGUGUGUGUGUGUGUGUGUGCCCUUACCCCUCUCUGUGCGGUUGUCCGUAUGCCCUGACGAGCACUGACGCGCCCUGAGUGUGCGUCCUGACGGCCCCAUGUUGCAGGAUCACCACCUUGUCGCCAACGGAGCACUGCAACGCCGGAAAGCACACACGCUGAGACCACACACACACAGGGGCAUCCACAAGUACACAGUGUUGGUUGUCUGUCGGGCUUGGCCACUCACACGAGACGGCGGGUUGAGGAUGGUGACGACGUUCUGGCAGACGACAUUCUGUAUCUCACACUCGAACCACAU